AUGACACAAGACCAAGGUAUUUGGGUACUGGGAUAUGGCUCGCUUAUCUACAAGCCACCUCCGCAUUUUCAAUAUCGAGUUCCUGGAAUCAUCUAUGGUUACAAACGUCGUUUUUGGCAAAGCUCUACAGAUCACCGUGGAACCCCCAAAAGCCCCGGAAGAGUGGCCACCCUAAUUGCAUAUCCACACAUCGUUGAAAGACCUGAAUUUCUUGGGGAUCUCAUUCGUUACCGUUCCAAGGUACCUUCAAUGCCGGAAGACUUGCAAACUUUGGUUGCUGCUUAUUAUAUCCCGGCCAAGAAAGCUAAAGAAACACUAGAUUAUUUGAAUAUACGUGAGCAAGACGGUUAUAUCCAACAACACGUCGAGGUGCAUCUCGAAAGUGGCUGUAAAAUCGAUGAUCCGGGACUCGCAGAAGCUCUGGCUCAAAUUCCCGUUCAUUCAAUAACUCAAAAACCUGUACUAAGAACCAUGUUUUACAUUGGUUUAAUAGAAAACGACUCAUUCAUUGGCCCAGAAACUGUCACGAAGACUGCAGAAGUGAUCCUUAAUUCCAAAGGAAUGAGCGGUCCGAAUCGCGAAUACCUUUUCGAUCUUUAUAAUGCCCUCGUCGAGCUUGCCGAGCCCCUUGACCUCCCACUUGAAACGCUUGAAGACUCAUAUUUAACAGAACUAGUGAGUCAAGUGCGUGCGAUAGCUCAAACAAAUACUUGA